ACAACAACAAACACGGCAACGCCACCAAUAAAAACCCCAAAAAUUGCAACACCACCACCAACAACAACAACAACGCGUGCCGUCCAUAGGCCAGCAACAACGGCGGCAACAAUAACAACUACAACGGCGAGCGCGUGCGUUGCCGGUGCCAGUGCGGAUGUUGCAGCUGCUGCUGGUGCACCACCUACAGUCACAACAAUAACAACACCAACUUCGCCAGCAACAACAACAACAACAACUGCGGCGGCAGCAACGCCAACAACACUAGCAAGCGCAGCAACAGCAACAGCAACAGCACUAGUUAAUACAACGGCAUGUUUAACAACGCUUAAUAAGCAUACUAACAACAAUAAUAACAACAAUUUAGCUGUGGUUAAUAAAUUUAGCAGCAGUGAUAGUAGCGGCAACAAUAGCAGCAAUCUGCCAACGUCAGCAGAAUUAUUAUUAGCCGCUAGCAGCCACCGAAUGCAGCCACAAGUGCCGCAAGCCGCUGGGACAGCCGAUAUGGAUUUGACGGCUGUUCAAUCGAUGGAUUGGUUUUUCAAAAAGGAGCAAUUUUAUCUAUUGGCACAAUUUUUACAACAGCGCGCUAAUUUGGCGGAUAAGGACGUGAACCCCUUGAAGGAUCAAUUAACCACCAACACAGACACAACCACCUCCAAUAGCACCGACAUACCGGCCGACAUAGACGACUUUAGCGCCGUGGCCGCCGCCGCGCUAGCCGCCAAUAGCAGCGCCUCAUCCACAACCACCUCCACAGCAACAACAACAGACAGCAACUCCACCACCACCACAACCACUACCAACCACCACACAACAGUCCCACCAAGCAGCAAGCUGCUAUCGCCCAUAAGCGCCGCAUAUAGCAGCGUUGCUGCUGCUGCUGCCGCCGCCGCAGCCGCGGGCUUUAACAGCCCGAAUAGCGUGCAUAACAACAAUAACAAUACAAAGCUGUUGAACAGCGUCGCUGCAGCGAUAACAUUGCAUCAGAACGGUGGCAAUCUACUGGCGGCCACCACCACCAAUACACCCUCCCCCUCGCCCCCGCUAUCAACUGACGGUUGCAGUAUUGCCGCUGCCGCUGCCGCCUGUGGCAAUAAUAGCGUUUCACCGCUGAGCGCCGCUUUGAACGGCGUCAACGGUUGCCUCAAUCCAAAGCUCUUCUUCAAUCACGCCCAGCAGAUGAUGAUGGAAGCUGCGGCUGCUGCCGCCGCUGCCGUACAACAGCAGCAAUCGCCGCUACAUUCGCCCUUGCAGGGCGCACAACAUGUGGACGACGAUGAAAUGGAUGAGGAUGGCUGCAGCGGUGGUGCGACUGCCGUCGAUGCCAGCAAGUUGAUUACCAGCCUCACAGCCGAAAUGAGGUUGGUAAAGCGUGGCGGAGAAGAAGAUGCCGACGAGGAGGAGGAGGAGGAGCAGGAGCAACAGGGAGAGUACGACGACGCAGAUGCCGACGAGAAUGCCAAUGCGCGCAAGCGCAGCAAGAAUGCGCGAGAUCAUGAGGACUCGCCGGAGCAGCAUAAGGCUGCCGUGGAUAAUGCCAAGACGAAUGUGUGUGGUCAAAGAACUGAUGAUACUAGCUUAAAUUUUAGCAGUAGCGAUAGCAAUAAAACAACUAGUUGUAGUGUAAACAAAAGUAAUUUUGCAAGAAAAACGAGAGCAACAAAAGCCAGCAGCAAGCUUGAUAGAGCUGCUGAAAUUGGUGAUGAUUGCAUUGAUAAUGAUGAUGAUGGUGAUGACAAUGACGCGGAUCAUGCAGCGGAAGCUAAUCGUAUGGAAAUUGAUGGCGGUGAAAGUGGUGAGAGUGGGAAAAUCGAUGCAACAAUCAAGCUGAAUGCGGUAGGAAGCAAUCAUGCUGAAUUAAUAGCUGCCAAAGAUAAAGAGAUUAAAGCACUCAUCGAAGAGGUACAACGCCUGCGCACACUCGAACAAACACAACUCACACAAAUACAACGUCUGGAAGAUCACUUGGAAGUGAAACGUCAGCAUAUCAUACGUCUUGAAGCGCGACUCGAUAAGCAACAAAUUAAUGCAGCGCUUGCCGAAGCAGCUGCCACAGCAACAGCUAGCAGUGCAAUAGUGACACCAACAACAACAGCAGCAGCCUCCUCAACGUUGCCAGUGACACAUGUUGUCAACGACGACGAAGACGAUGAUGAUGAUAAUGAAGGAGAUGAGCAGGAUGACAAAGAUGGCGAGCAAGCUGCGAUAGUUGCCAUUGCUGAUACAGCAGCAGUUGCCAAAAUUGAUCUAACCACAACAACAAGAGCGGAAACAACAGCGACGGAGCGCAUCACAGAUGCUGAUGCCGAUGCCGUUGCCGAUGCUGAGACAGUAGCUGAUGCUGAAUUAGCGGUUGAUCGUGCAUGUGAGAAGCUUACAACAGCGACGGCAACCACUACAACAACAACGACAGCGACCACAGCAACAAAUAAUAAUGGCAGCAACACAACUGCAGCUGCUAUUGAAGUAACUGAACCAACAGUUGGCGAGAUUAAAAUCAAAAAGGAAAACCACAGCCCACUCGAUUUGGAUGUGAUUAGUCAGCAAUCGGCUAUAGCUGCUGCUGCAGCAGCCGCUGCUGCCGCUGCAUGCGCCAAUGAUCCGAACAAAUUCCAGGAAUUGCUGCUUGAAGGCACCAAAGCGUUGGCGGCCGCCGAGGCGUUCAAGAGUGCUGCUGCCGGCUCAAGCGCUACAGAGGGAACAACAGUUGCUGCCAGCCAACCAAUGGAUGACGCUGAUGCCGGCGAUGUCACUGCCGCUGCUAGCAGCAGCAAUAACAGCAGCGGCGGCAAUGAAAGUAAAGAGGUCGACGACGAUGAUAGAGCGUCGCCCGCAACAGCCAUUGCACAACUGAAUAUCAUGCCAAAAAUACCCAAAAUCGAAAUUGUCGAUGACGACGACGAUGAUGACGAUGAAGAUAUCGAAGCAACCGAGCAUAGCACAAUGCCAGAAUGCGCCAACAAUGAACUGCCUGAAGGUGAAAAUCCAGAGGAGGCGUGUGAAAGCGCAGCUGGUGAUGCGGAUGAGAGCGCAUUACCGCCCACAAUCGAUGUGGAUGCCUUGGAGGCUGCGACAAGCGAUGAGCCGACAGCCGCGCCCGCUCUCAACGUCCCCUCAGAGAAGUCCGAUUUGCAAGCUUUGCAGCAACAUGUUGCCGACUCCACUGCAGCCGCCGCCGCUGCUGCUGCGUCAUGUUUCGAUGAGAAUGUCGACACGUUUGGCACGCUGCUUGGCGAAGAGCUGGUGAAUUCGUAUUGGCGUGGCUUCAAAAUGCCCACUGCGGCCAGCCAAAGUAACACCAGCGGCGGUGCAUCCAAAGCGCCCAAUGCUAGUAACAUGUUUGCCAAUCAACUACAACACCGCUUGCCGCAGCAACAGCCACAUCAUCACCACCAUCAGCAGCCACACCACCACCCAAUGCACCACCAUCAGCACACAACACUAAUGCCGCAUCACUUGCAUCACCACCAACACCACCAUCACCAGCAACAACAGCAGCAGCAGCAGCAGUCUGCCUCAGUUACGCAGCAGCAUGGACCUUCGUCCACCGCGCUGCUCAGCCAAUUAGUUAAUUCCACUUUCUCAUCAGCACCUCCCACUUCUUCUUCUUCUCUACGUACAGAUGCGCUCCUGCCAUCCCACCAACACCACCUCAGUCACCACGCGCAAGGGCCCGCCGCGCCACCACCACCACCGCCACCAAUGCCGUCACAUCAUCACCUGCAUCAGCCACACCUCAGUAGCGAUGCGCAUCCGAAGUCCAGUUUGGAUGCAUCAAACACCAGCAGCAACAAUAAUCAUGAGCUAUCAGCCAAUGCAAAUGCGUCGCACGCGCUCGAUCAGCGCGAUGACCACCAUAGUGGGCUAAAUGGCAGCGGUAAGUCACUGCUGGAGGACAACAACAACACCUUGUGCGGCACACCAAACGCAAAUGCGCCCAGCGCUGCUGCCAUGGCAGCCGCCGCUAUGGCCGCGCAGCCACAUCCACACCUGCCACCCGGCUACUUGCACGCGCUACCAUUCCAAUUCCAAGAUCGCGGUCAUUUUCGCUUUGCCGACGACUUGCAGCUGCCGCCGGGCGCCUCGAUGGCUGGUCGCCUCGGCGAGUCACUCAUACCCAAGAGUGAUCCGAUGGAGGCAAAAUUGCAGGAAAUGCUGCGCUACAACAUGGACAAGUACGCCAAUCAGCCGCUGGACACGCUGCACAUCUCACGCCGCAUACGCGAGCUGCUAUCGGUGCACAACAUUGGUCAGCGGCUAUUCGCCAAGUAUAUACUGGGGCUGUCACAGGGCACCGUGUCGGAGCUGCUGUCCAAGCCGAAGCCGUGGGACAAGCUGACCGAGAAGGGACGUGACAGCUAUCGCAAAAUGCACGCCUGGGGCUGUGAUGAUAACGCUGUGAUGCUGCUCAAGUCGCUCAUACCGAAGAAAGAUUCCGGUUUGCCGCCAUAUGGUGGUCGUGAGGACUCCAUGUCUGAUGAUCGCUUGGCGCACAUAUUCAAUGAGGCCUCGAGCUUGAUUAAGAACUCUACGCCGGGCUCACUGCAGCAACAGCUAAAGGAGGCCGAACAGCGGCAGCUGCAACAGGAGCAACAUCGUCGCUCGGCGCAUGACGACUCGCAGCACAGCAAUGAGGAUUCAAAAUCGCCACAUCCGCUCUGCACAUCACCCUUCUACAAGAGCACCAGCCAGUUGAAGCAGGAACAGGAGGCGGCAGCAGCUGCAGCCGCACAACAACAACAGCAUCGCCUGCGCCAGGAGCAAGAGUUAACGCCCGACAAAAUGGCGCGAAUCUAUCAGGAAUUCCUAAUGCGCACACCACGUGAAGCCGCUUUCCCCAGUCUUCUGCUUUCGCCUUUUUUUAGCGCCGCCGGUGGCAUGCCCAGCGGCUGUGGACUACCCAACAUGAUGGGCGCCGAUGAGAAUUUACGCCUCGCUUACGAGCGUGAAAUGGCCAAAUUGCAACAGCAGCAGCAACAAAAUGCUGCAGCCGCGGCUGCUGCUGGCAGCUUGCCGAAUUUUCCCAACUUCUCCAACUUGAUGGCGCUACAGCAGCAGGUAUUAAAUGGCGCGCAGGAUCUCACGCUAACCAAGGACCCCAAAGACGCUAUCAAAAUAAAUGGGCAACGCUCCAUCGAGCAUUCGAGCAACUCCAUGGACUCGCAGAGUAAUAGCAACAGCAAUGCCGCGUCCAUGUCAGGUGGUGGUAGCAGCAGCCAGAACAAUGCCAAAGACUUGCCCCAUGCCGACAGCUUGGAACGCCAUUCCAGCGCUGGUCUAUCGUUGCAUUCUCGCAAGCUGGAUAGCAGUGGCAGCCACACACCGGUUCCGCCGCCAACCAGCAGCGCUUCAGUCAGCAUGCAUGGUGCCAGCAAUUCCACCGCGCCCAGUCCACUCAGCAACUCGAUACUGCCGCCCGCGAUGACACCCAAUGAUGAUUUCGCCGCCACCGCUAGCCCAUUGCAGCGCAUGGCGUCCAUCACCAACUCGUUGAUCACACAACCACCCGUCCCGCCACACCACACACCACCGCAGCGUCCCACCAAAGCCGUCUUGCCACCCAUCACACAGCAACAGUUCGACAUGUUCAACAAUCUCAACACCGAGGAUAUUGUGCGACGCGUUAAGGAAGCGCUCUCGCAGUACUCCAUCUCGCAGCGUCUCUUUGGCGAGUCCGUGCUUGGGUUGUCGCAAGGUUCUGUAUCCGAUUUGUUGGCCCGCCCCAAGCCCUGGCACAUGCUGACUCAAAAAGGUCGCGAGCCCUUCAUACGCAUGAAGAUGUUCCUCGAGGACGAAAACGCUGUGCACAAAUUGGUGGCCAGCCAAUACAAGAUUGCACCCGAAAAGCUGAUGCGCACUGGCAGCUACAGCGGCACCCCGCAGAUACCACAGGGUCUGGCCAGCAAAAUGGGCGCCUCGCUUCCCAUGCAAAAGAUGAUGAACGAACUGAAACUGCAGGAGCCAACACAAGCCCAACACAUUAUGCAGCAAAUGCAGGCGGCCGCCAUGUCCGCUGCGAUGCAACAGCACCAGCAGCAAGCACAGAGCCAACAGCAGCAUGCCGCUGCCGUACAGGCGGCCCAAGCUGCCGCGGCUGCGCAAGCUGCACACCACCAAAGCAUGUUAUUAACCUCACCCGGCCUCCCGCCUCAGCACGCCAUCAGUCUACCGCCGACUGGUCCUACUGGCGGCAAUACAGGCCCCGGCACACCCGGCAGCGACAAGAAGCCCAUGAUGAUGCCCAUACAUUCGCCGCAUCAGGCGAACGCUAUGCGCAGCAUGCAUCAGCAUAUGUCGCCCACCGUCUACGAGAUGGCGGCGCUCACUCAGGAUCUUGACACACAAGUCAUCACGACAAAAAUUAAGGAAGCGUUGCUAGCGAACAACAUCGGCCAGAAGAUAUUCGGUGAAGCUGUGCUCGGCCUCUCACAAGGCUCUGUCUCGGAACUGCUGAGCAAACCGAAACCCUGGCACAUGCUCUCCAUUAAGGGCCGUGAGCCGUUCAUACGCAUGCAGCUGUGGCUUUCGGAUGCGAACAAUGUCGAACGCCUGCAAGUAAUUAAAAAUGAACGACGUGAAGCGAGCAAGCGGCGUCGCUCGACUGGCCCCAAUCAACAGGAUAACAGCUCAGACACAUCCAGCAAUGAUACCAACGAUUUUUACACCAGCUCUCCUGGGCCCGGCUCGGUCGGCUCUUCGGUUAGCGGCGCACCACCGAAUAAGAAGCAACGUGUGCUCUUCUCCGAGGAGCAGAAGGAGGCUUUGCGACUCGCCUUCCAACUCGAUCCCUACCCGAAUGUAGGUACCAUCGAGUUUCUCGCCAACGAGCUCAGCCUCGCCACUCGCACCAUCACCAACUGGUUCCACAAUCACCGCAUGCGCCUCAAGCAGCAGGUGCCACACAAUCAGCCCGGCGUUGACAAUCUCAUUCCCAGCCGCGAAAAUACCAACUCAACGCCUUUCGAUCCCGUCCAAUUCCGCAUCUUGCUACAACAACGCCUGCUCGAGCUGCACAAAGAGCGCAUGGGACUGAGCGGCGCACCAACGCUACCCUACCCACCUUACUUUGCCGCCGCUGCGCUGCUCGGACGCAGUCUGGCAGGCAUGCCUGGCGCCGCGGCCGCCGCUGCUGCAGCUGCAGCUGCCGGUGCCGGCGGUGAGCCCGACUUACACGCUCUCAAUCAGGCCUUCAGGGAGCAAAUGAGCGGUCUAGAUCUCACAAUGAGCUCGUUGAAGCGCGAGCGCAGCGUGGACUACGAUGACGAUCUCGACGAAAGCCAUCUCAGCGACAACGAGUCGCUGGACGGUGGCGAUGGCGGCGGCGACGACAAGUCCAUCAGCGGUGAUUACAAAGAUGGUACCAGUACGCCACGCUCCAUCCAACUCUCCGCAGCAGCCAGCUACUUAAUGGGCGGACUCAGCGCCAGCAUGCGCAGCAGUUCGCGACGAAAACCAGCUGCACCGCAAUGGGUCAAUCCCGCGGGACCAGUCCCCAACACCGAUGCCAAUGGUAUGGCAGCAGCAGCCGCUGCAGUCGCCGCCGCAGCAGCAGGCAUGGCGCCAUCUGCCGCCGAACAAGACCGCAUAAUUAAUGGUGUUUGUGUUAUGCAGCCGUCCGAUUUUAGUCGCAGCGAAGCUGGUGACUCACCAGCCGGUAUCGAUGCGGAGGCGAUAUCGAAACGCGGUGAAACUGAUGUAGAACAGCCGCCGAGCUUCAUGGAGCCCGAAGUGCGUAUCAAACAGGAAAAAGAGGACUGUGACAGCGACAAUGAGGUGUCUGCGACAGCGUCACUAGCAACAGCAGUUACGUCAGCGGCCGCUGCAGCGUCAAGCGAAGAGAAAUUGAAGGUGAUGAGUGAGGAUAAGUUGCGAAUGGUACGCGUGCAGCGGCAUAGCCACGAAGACGAUGCAGCAGCAGCGGCAGCAGCAGCAACAGCUGGCGGAGUGCCUACAACGAACGCUAGUGUGGUGACAGCAGCGAGCGCAGCAAGCGCGUGGAGUUAUUAAAAGAAGUAUAGGCGAUUAGCUGGUUAGCCGAUUAGUUUUAAGCGUUCAAAUAAGCGUGUAUUGUUGGGAGCGUUAGUGCGUAUGUGACGCGGGCGUGAAAUUUAAAUAAAAUUGUGCAAUCUGUGGCGUUAAGCGUUCAACAACUGAAUUUUGUUAGAUAAGCAGGUGAACUGUUGAAGAGAGUUUUGUUCAAAAAAAUUGUUUUGUUAAGAAAUUUUGUGUGAUUUGUUUAAAAAACAAUAAAGACAGGGGUGAGGACUGGAAGGGAAUGAUGAGAGAAUACUGCAUUUAAAUGCAGUACUUGUUGAAGUAUAUUUGCUAUUUUAAAUUUAAAAAAAAAUUUGCUUUCAUUUGAGUAUUUUUACACUAUUUUGCCGAUAAAGACUGUAUACAGGUUUAGUAGUAGUAUUUUAUUUUUUCUUAGGCUUUAAUAUCCUAUUUUUCCAAUGCAUUUUUUCACCUACCCUUUUGCCCAUAUACCAAUGCAUGCAUACCUAGUUUAAAGUGUAAAUAUUUAAUACUUUAAUUUCCGUUAAAGUUGUAGUAGUGGGCGCCCCGCCACCGCAAAAUGUAAAUAGUUUAUGGAAAAAAAUUUAUAAGUAAAGAAAUACAUUAUUGAAAAUGAAAAAAAAUAGUAAAGAGUAUUUAAUUAUUCAAUUUAAAAGAGAUUACAAAUGUAAAAGAUGCUUUUGCGAAGGCCUCUUUUUGAUCUCAGUGUAAAAUCAAAGUAAUUUAAAUGAAAAAAGGAAGAAACCUUGCACGUGGACAUAGCAUAAAAAAAAAAGAAAUUACGAAAAGCCGCCGUAAUUAUUAUUAUUACAUUUUUAGGCUGAGUAGUAAUUAUAUAGUUAUAACAACAACAAAAUGUUGAUAAAAACAAUGAGUAUUCAUAUUAAGCGACAGACGGAAAAAUAGCAAACCAAAAAUGGCAUUAAAAAAGUAGUAGUAUUUAGGUUAAGAUGAAUAACCGUAAAUACAUGCAUAGUACAUGCGCAUAUGCAACAUGUAGUAGAGUAGAAAAAAGCAAGAAAAAUAAAUACUUAGCAUAUGAUCGCAGGUAGUUACAGGCAAACGUAUAAAUAAUAAUAAUUUAAAAUAUUUAAUUGAAUUUAAUUAACGUAGUAAUGUACGGCAUUAAAAGGCAUUAAAGUUAGGCAACUGAGUUAAAAAUAUGCAUAUAUAUACAUACAUAUUAAUGUAAAUAAAAAAAUAUGCGUAGCAAAGAAUAUACA